UCUUGAAGUAACAAAGUUUUGUUCUUAUCAAUAUCAAUAGAUAAAUUUCUGCGUCGAUCGCAGCUAGCUCUACCAUGCUGUAGCUCUGCCUUGGUCUACGAGUCAUAACUAUGUUUCGUUGUUUAUUCAUUUAGCCAUUUAGGUUUCUUGCAUAGCACGCAGUGCACGGUGCCUUUCUGUAAAUUUUUGGAGAUAGUGGUGGCGUGUUGACUGGCAGUCUAGCAUUUCCAUUAUUUUUCAUAUUUUGUACAUUACAUGAACAUAAGUAACCAGCUGGCUGACGUGACGGAGGAGGCUGUAUUCCGAGUUCGGACAUCACCGUGCUGCUGAAUGAGUGAUGAGGCCUCUAUUCGUCGUCUCAGGCGCCGUCUUAAACAUGCAGUGGAGGACGAUUCACUGGUAGACGUUGAGCGACUGUUGCGUGGCCAGUCUAAAGCUGUUGUCAAUGAAGCUGCCAGUCUGAGCAACGGCAGUACUUUACUGCAUGAUGCAUGCAGCCAGGGCCUAGAGCAGAUAGCCGUGUGCCUUGUGAGUGGGGGAGUCGAUGUGAGCAGCGUUGACGCAGAUCUGAACACGCCGCUGCAUUCUGCAGUGCGGAGGCUACAGAACCACCGCUCCUCGCGCUCAUGGAGCAGCAUGAGCUCGGUGAUCUUGACCCUGCUCUGGGCUAAAGCAUCUAUCUACAAUGCUGAGAACGGCCUGGGCAUGUCACCGCGACACUUGUUACAGCCGAUGAUUUAUUCACUCCGGCAGAAGAAGAAGAAACGGAGUACCAGUGCCAGUGCGUCUCCGUCUUUUGACCAUGAGCGCUUCAUGCAAGAACUAGAAGCCGUGACAAGUUCUGACGCCAGUGCUGAGACAGAAUGGCAGGAGAAACUCAUGCAUAGUGCCCUGGAAGAUGUUGAUGAAGCGGAUGGCAGCGAAUGGCGCUUCUUCGAUGAUGGAUAUCAGUACGAAUCCUUAAGUGAUUACAUGACACGCUUGGGAGAUACCUUGAGUCGCAAGCGCCACCAGCAACGACAUGCAUCACCUCAGGCUAAGCGAAAGCCGAGAAAAUCCAGCGCGUCACCACCGCCGAAACGCAAGACCCUUGGCCCUCUAAAGCCUGAAGUACGGACUCGGAAACCCACUGCUACUCGCCUUCCCUCUGACCAUGACAUGCAGUUCCUUCGCAUGCUGCAAAGUGCCAAAGAGAAAGGUGCCACGUUAUUUGAACAUGACAUUCCUUGGCCAUGCAGGGGCCCAGCAGCCGAAAUGGCAAAGCUUCUUGUGGAUGGCGUUGCUGCGGAUAAGAUACGGCUGCACAUCCAUCGCCUCUUGCGCCGUUGGCACCCGGACAAAUUCGUGCAACAUCUCGGCGCGGUGUUGGCUGCUGAGGACCGCGAGCGUGUUAUCCAGCGUGUGACAGCCCUAUCGCAAGCGCUAACUGCGCUCCUACCUACCACCUGAUAUUAUCUGCACCAUUGCUUGGCGGCUGUCUUGUCGGCUGCUAAUCAGUGUCUGGCGCCUAUAACAGAGAGCACAGAUUCCAUUCAUUUGCUGCGUUACGGUUGUGUCAUCGUCCUCUCCUUCGGCGUCCUCUUCGGUCUCGUCGGCUUUGGACACCUCAGAGUCGCUCGGCGUCGCUGAACACUGCAGCGGCUCCAGGUACAGCUCUUCGUUGAUAUCCUGAAGCUCGCUGGAGUUCUGGCGGCUGAUUGCGCUGCUUCCGACGAGGGACGACGAGCUACUGGUUACGCUGGGUAAGCCCUCCGAUACCGGAAUCAAGGCCCUGUUCAGUGGGUGCCUGCACAACACAGCAAGAAGAAAAACCCGUACACGUUUUCUUGGCAUGCCAAUUUUAAAUUCUUCCGUCUCGCCCAAACAAUGCACAUAUCUACCAUGCGUCUUCCUGGAAGGGCCAAAGUGUUUGGGAGUGUUUUCGAAAAUUCCAAUUGCUCACUAAAUUGUACACCAGGUGUUCCAGCCCUGUUCUCCGCUCCCUUGAAAACUUCAACACAAAUCAACUCCUUCAUUCAAUGAUGACUGUUAUUAAUAGAUUACGGAGCAUUGCAGACCAUUGCGGACCAUUGCAGACCAUUGCAGAUGAGUUGCAUGCUAUCGAGAAUUUUCCUAUUACAGUGGACGUGCUUGUCCUGAAAGCAGUAAAUUGCCUGGAGCAUUUUUCUUAUUCGUGUAGCUGAUACCAAGAGUGAACUGCCACAGCCUAUGUGCAACUCCCGUGCUGAGUAGUACGUCUGAACCCUUUGUCCGGGUGGUCAUCCAGGUGGGCAGUAGAGCUAGCUUCCACCCUCUUGGAUCUACACCAUGGUUGUUGUACACAAUCUGUUGUACAUUAUUGUCAAAUCACUAUGUCUUUUAUAUGAUUUGUACUAUCUGUAGUAUCUGUGGUGUGUGACAGUGAAAGCAACAUGGCUGACAACAUGUGA